CACAGACAUUCUUUCAUCUUUAUAGAUCAUAAAUCGUCAUGGCCCGUCUCCCAUAUCCCGAUGUUGCCUUAAAGGGUAUCCCCCUGAACGUUCUCAAGCUUUUCUCCUACAGCGCUGCGACUGCGGAGUACUGGACAAAAAUCGGGGCUGCCCAGUUCAGGCACCUUGCCCUUACAAACAGAAAUCGUGAACUCGUGAUCCUACUCAGUACCUCCAAGUUUCAAUCUUCUUAUGAGUGGACGCAUCAUAUCACCGUAUCUAACAAUGAAGGCGUCACUGAUGCGCAACGCGUUGUGCUCGCCAAGGCUGGAAAUCAGAAAGGCUAUCUCCUACAACAAGACAAAGCAGGACAGAUCGCGGAUCUUUUUACGCCGCAAGAAAAAACUCUCCUGGUGUUUCUUGAGGCUGUGAUUGAUGAACCCAAAGUUGGAGACGAUUUGUGGGCAAGAGCGAAGGCAGAAUUUUCGGAUCGAGAGAUCGUUGAGAUAAUUACUCUUCAGGGCUUUUAUUAUACUUUUUCGCGAAUGACGACUGUCUUGGAUAUUGAGCUGGAUGUUUUUGACAGUCCACCAAAGCUUUGAGUCCACUGUUCACUUUUAGUAACCUAGAUAAUGAGAAAGUAUUCGUGGUAUUAUUUUCCGCAUUUAACAUUCCUGCGCGAUACAGAAUAAGACGUAAUAGACCCCACGAUAUGUCAAC